UAUUGUGUUUCUAAUUAGGUUUGCAGUGCAUUUAGAAGGACUUUAGACCAUGCUGAAAACCACAAAAAAAAUCCACCUUGAGUUUUCAGAUGGUAUGUGGUUCUUUUUCUCAAAUGAGGUUUUGUGGCCUCACUACUCCUGUUUCUCACAGAGCUUAGAAGCUUAUUCCAUGCUCCCAAAUACUGGUUGGCUUUAAGCCACUAGAAGCUAUACAUAUACUUCUGUUACCUUUAUUCUGAGCCAGCCGUUUAGUGCAUAAUAAGCCAUUUUCCCACGGGUAUCAUUGGAUGGUUUUACCAAGACCAUUUCAGGUUUUACCAAUAUAUCUCAGGUUCAGAGACGCUCUGAAUGGGUGCCGUCAGAACAAGGCUCACAAUAAACAUCACAAUAAUCCACAAAUAUACCACAUCACAUCUUUUAGGUGAAAAGCUACAUGUUUGUAAGAAACAAAUGCAUCACGCAUUAUUUUUGUAACUUGAAUUUUCUUUUUUUCCCCCUUAAACUGUCGCUUGAGCCUUGAAUCCAUAAUUACAAUGCGUAACAAAUCAAUUCUGCGUUGCCAUUUGACAUUAAAAUGUUGUUUAGUACUCUUUAUUUUUUAAAUUAAUUCUCUUUGGAAAAGCGAUAGACAUCAGAGUAAUUACAACAAACACAUGGCUUCUGUAGAGCUGCUUCAUAGCUAAAAUUGCUGAAUAUUUAACACUAAUAUUUUAAAAUAUUAAAGCAUAGAACUUACAUCUCAUUGCGCAGAUAACGAAAUAGACAAUAAAUCCACAUUAGGCCAAACUUGGGCCAUUUGUACCCGCAAAAUUAUAUUUUUUAAUAAUUACUGGUCUGCACACUUUACGCUUUUUCGCAGUAUUUUAAUCGCAUUUUUAAACGCAUCGUCGUACCAAUCAUAAAUUGUAAGGACACUAUUAACAGUCACCACGUUUUUCUGCACCACCGUACAUUUUCUUGCAGGCGCAUCUUUCCAGAGUAGGUUUAACGCGACCUUAAUAACGCAAGGCUUCGCGUUCAAAACAAUGCAUCCCGAGAUCACGGAGGGAAAAAAACGGGCUAAAUAUGCCCACGAGAACAUCCCGUACCACCAUCCCCUGUCUCUCGUCUCCCUUCACCCCACCCAAGCCCCAAAGACUGACAGGAGCGACAGCCACUCACAAGUCUCCGGUACAGUAACGAGGGAAAGAUGCUUUCGGAAACAAUCAGCCCCCCGCCGGCUCCGAGAGAGCACUCGUUACUGAUGGGAGUAGUGAACGCUACAGUAACCCACGGCAGAAACGAUGCUGUAGAUAUCUGCCUCGACGCGUCAGAUCCACAGAUGUGGGCGGCGUGGUCGGUGCGUGGACGUGUCCGAUCCGACCUUUAGAGUUGAGUAACUUUUGAGAAUGCACGUCCGUUUACGUCGAGCCGAGGAAUGAAGUGAACGUCAAUGGAGAACGUUCACGGUCCUCGUCGGCGUCGAGGCAUGGACGCGUUCCUGCUCUGCCUCCUUCUGCCGAUGGGAAUCGCGAGGGGAUCCAACUACGGCUACGUGGAAUGGUCUGAAAACGACAGAGACCCCGAAAUCAAGGCGAAAUAUCCGCUUUACAGCACCGGGGAGACGACGCGCCAGCAGCCGACCAUCUCCAGCACCGAGCGGACGGCGGUGGCGCACAAGCUCGAGGAGGACCUGCCGCGGGUGGUCACCGCUUUUCUGCACACGGGGGACUCGUCCACCCUGGAGCACGUCAACUGCUCUCGGCGAUACGAGCUGAGCAGCCUCCGCGGUGGGGCUCGCGCCGCCUCGCACUCCUCCCUCCACGGCGUCCUCGACACCAUGACGCACGCCACCAACUUCCUAAACAUGCUCCUGCAGUCCAACGGCACUCGGGAGCGGCACCUGAGGAGGGACGUCCAGUGGUACCACGCGCUGGUCACGAGCAUGUUGGAAGGGAAUCCCAAAAUCCACCGGGCCGUGGUCACGUUUCACACGGAGUCUCCCGAUGCGCCCGGUCCGCAGGUGUUCCUUCAGGCGACCAGAGGCGAGGAGGAGCGCAUAGUGCUCCAAGACCUGUCCAACACCGCGCGCCAUCGCCUUAAAAACAGGACCUCCGAGUCCGACUGGUACAACGAGUUUCGGGACCGAAAGAGACCCCAGAGGCUUGGCAAAAGCCGGGGGUUCCCGGCGGCGCAGGGCGGAUAUUUUCUGGACAGGAGUCACGUCAAGUGGUCUGCGCCCUACCUGGAGUGCGAGCGCGGCAGUUUUGUGCCGCACUGGCUGCUGACGCUCUCCGCAGGUUUCUACGGUCUGAAGAACGACACAGCGCCGGAGUUCAGAGGCGUUGUGCGAGUGGAUGUUAAUCUGCAGGAUGUGGACAUCGACCAGUGCUCCAGCAGCGGCUGGUUUGCAGGAACCCACCGCUGUAACUUGACCACUAUGGAGUGUAAACCGAUUACAGGCCACGGAUUUGUGCUGGACAAGUACAAGUGCCAAUGCAGAAGCGGUUUCUAUCACCAAAGCCAAGCGGCGCUCAAUGGCUUCUCAAAAUCAGACCAGGGAAUGCACACGGAUCAGUCCUGGGAACCGUCCGGGAGGUGUUUGCCGUGUCGAGAAGGCUGUUUGUUCUGCACAGGCGACACACCGUGUGUGGCUCAGGAGGACACGGCCCUCCGCCUCGCCAUGGUCUCCUUCCAGAGCUUCUGCAUGCUCCUGGACCUCGUCAGCAUGAUGGUCGUCUACCACUUCCGUCGCAACAAGAGAAUCAAAGCAUCUGGCCUUAUACUUCUCGAAGCGAUACUUUCAGGAUCUGUAUUUCUCUACUUCCCUGUUAUGAUACAGUAUUUCAAUCCAAGUGUUUUCCGGUGUAUUCUCCUGAGAUGGGUCCGUUUGCUCGGAUUCGCUGUCGUCUAUGGAACAGUGAUUCUCAAACUGUACAGGGUUUUAAAGGUGUUCCUGUCCCGCACGGCCCAGCGGAUCCCGUACAUGACCAGCUGGAGGGUCCUGCGUCUGCUCGCUGUGAUUUUGCUGGUGGUGGUGUGGUUCCUCGUGGCCUGGACCUCAGCCGUGUGCCAAAGCCCUGACACCCAUCACGGCCUCAUCGCCGUCGGGUUCACUCCGGAGGGCCUGCAGUUCAGCAUGUGCCUGCUGGACAGCUGGGACUACAUGAUGGCCGCUGCGGAGUUCCUGUUCCUGCUGUGGGGCGUCUAUCUGUGCUACGCCGUGAGGACCGUUCCCUCCGCUUUCCACGAGCCUCGCUACUUGGCCAUCGCCAUUUAUAACGAACUCCUCAUCUCUGCAAUAUUUCACAUCAUUAGGUUCUCUCUUGGCACUGGACUGCAUCCAGAUUGGAUGCUAAUGUUAUUUUUUGUUCACACACACCUGACAGUGACGGUUACUCUAGGAUUGCUUCUCAUUCCAAAGUUCUUGUUCACUGGAACUCAUACACGGGAGGAUAUAGCCACAGAGGCCUAUGAGGAUGAACUGGAUAUGGGUCACUCAGGCUCCUGUCUGAACAGCAGCAUCACAUCUGCCUGGAGUGAGCAUAGUCUGGAUCCCGAGGACAUUAGGGAGGAACUCAAGAAACUCUAUGCCCAACUGGAGAUUUAUAAAAGAAAGAAGAUGCUGGCCAAUAACCCUCACUUACAGAAAAAACGCAGUUCCAAGAGAGGACUUGGACGGACACUAAUGCGUCGUAUCACAGAAAUACCUGAGACAGUGAGUCGGCAAUACAGCCGGGAAGAUCGAGACCCAAGUGACCAUGGGAGUAACAGAGGCACCCUGAGGAGAAACCCAUUUGACCCGUCUCACUCUGGGAAGCCAAGAGAAGAAUCGUUAAAGAGCAGGAUGUUCUCACUGAAAAGAUCUCACAGCUAUGACCAUACGCAUGAUCAAGGUGGGGAAACCAAUGGAGUGCGUGAAGAUAAAGUGGAGAACACUACUACUGAGGCUUCUCUGCUUGACACCUUGAUGGGCCGUAGGUCCAACAAGAAGAACCCUGAGGUGCCAAAGGUCGAGUUAGCCGAAUCUACUGAGUCAGUGCCCUUAGUGUGCAAGUCUGCCAGUGCACAUAACCUAGCAGCAGAAAAAAAGCCUGUACACCUUCGGACCUCUAUGUUGCAGAAGUCCCUGUCUGUCAUUGCUAGCGCCAGAGAAAGGACACUGGGGAUUGCUGGGAAGACCCACAGUGUGGAAGAUGCCAGUAAAAAGGGUCUCAAAGCAAGAGACAGUACAGUGCUUUCAGAAGUUGAGGAGUCCCCUGAGUGUUUACCAAAAAUGAUCAUCAGCCAGUCAGUUGAGUACACUAAAACGCCUAGUAAGAUGGGCAUCAUGAAACAGCAGGUGAGUGGCAGUCAGCCCUCAAUUUGUUCAGAACCAGGGAAGAGUAAGGACCUGUACGACCUCUCUGAGGUGUGUCCUUGGGAAGUAGAGGAGUUACCCACUCCAACGGAGGGCAAGUCCCAGAAACAUGUUUCUAUUGCCCCUACUGAAACCAAUACAAUUCAUGGGAGCAGUGCAAAAAGUGGACAUAAGUCUCAACACAAACAAAAAGGGUUGGGCCAAUCUCCGUCAAACCGACGUCGCUCCAGAGAUAGGACUGGGGAAAGGGAUGAAGGGAGGAAACCGAAAUCACCUCUCAAGCUUAAUACCCACAAAGAAGCAAGUCCUUGGAACUUCGAGGAUCUACCAGUGCAACCAAUGGAGUCUGUAGGACUGUCCCCUGAGAGAACAAACCGCAAGAAAAGUGUCACUCCCACGGAUGGAAAGCCCAAGAUCAUCCUCUCAGAUAUCUCCAAGUCCACAGGAAGCCUUUUGCAGCCACCAACUCUCAUGGUGGAUAUCUGCCCUUGGGAUUAUGAUCCCCCUCUGUCCCCCAACCAGGACAAGACUUGCAGCCCCACACAUCAUUCAAAGAGAAGAGAUUCUUGCUCGAAAAGAAAAGGAUCUUGCUCCUCCAAAGACAAAACUAAGGAUAAAGAAGAUGAUAAACGAACAUCCAAGAGUAGGGAGCGGAGAAGCUCCUCAAGCAAACCCUCUGAGAAGCGUCGCACAAGCCAAUCAUCAGAGGGAGAUCAAGUUGCCACAGUGGCAUCUGGAAGAAGGAGGAGCGCUACUAGAGACUCUGCGAUCAGUAAGCGUGCUGAUGUUAGCCCCUGGGAGACAGAGGUAUUGCCCAUUGCUACCUCAAAUGAUAAACAGCCUGCAACAACUGAGAUCCACACAACUCGAACACCGUCCACUUACCUCAACAUGGCUGAAGUUUGUCCAUGGGACUUCGAUGAGAAGUUGUCAGGGGAAAAUGCAUGACACACCAAUCACAAAACUAGACCACUCCAGUAGGGUUUCAAAGAUGAAAGUUAAGGCCUGUUCACACAAAGAUGGCUAACUGUAAAUAUAACUGGCUUAUAUGCCAUCAACAGAAAAUAAUGUGUGCUGCAGUUAUAUCGCCUGUCACUUUAAGUCGUCCUAAAAGUUGGGUGGAUUCUUUUUGGCUAAUAAUUUUUUUUUUAAUCAUUCAUCAGCUAAAAAAAACAUUCUAAAAGCGAUAUUGCUGUGGUGUGGACUUUGCUAUUUUCAUUCAUAAUUAUUUAUUUAUUUAUUUAUUUAUAUAAAUCUUUAUAUUUAUAGUUGUCAUCCUUGGUGUGAAUGGGCCUGUAGCCAUAUUUGCACACAUUAAGUUUUCAAUAAGUUUUCAUAUAUACCAAGUAAAACACUUUCUUAGACGUUUUCAAUUCUUGUAAUGUAGAAUGUAAAAGUUUAACCUACAAAAACGGCUUCCAGUUCAAAUAAAAUGGAUGUGGCUACCAACUGAAAUAAAAUAGUGGCUUGCAAAAGUAUUCAAACCCCUCUCAUUUUCAAUUUCAUGCCUAAUAUUUUAUGUAUUUAUUUUUAUGUGACAUUUUUUUCCAUUAUAUUUGAUCAUUUCUUUAAAAAUUUCUGAAGGGCAAAAGCAUAACACAGUGGAUAUCCCAGUGGCACUCGUGUUUCAGUUGUCAGGUAGUGUCCAGGUAAUGCUCAUUCAAUGCACGUUUUACUCACCAUUAAAGCAUCCUAAGUGUAUAUGACUUUCUUCUUUCAGAUUAAACCAGUCUGAGUUUUAUAAAAAAAUGCCCUUGCUCUUCCAAGCUUUGUAAUGGCAUGGGCAUGUGGUUUUGUUCAUCAGUCCACAAAUAGUCAAAUAGAGUUCAUGCAUCAAUAUUAAAUAAAUGAAUGAAGGCUUCCUAAAGCGAAGCAAUGCAUUUUUAUACAAAUUUCUUAAUUAAAACAACAUAAACAGUUUUGUGGAACUCCCACUAACUAUAUGUAGUACUAUAUGUGUGUUCAUGAUAGACAGUUUAAACCUCCAGUUUACAGGAGCAAAGGAAGCUAAGUUUCUCUACUUUAACAAAAGUAAACCAGUCUUCUCUUAACGAAACCCUCCAACAUUUUUCUUUAAAAAGCCUUGAUUUGCACUCAUGACCAGUGUUUUGUAUCGUUCUCUCUCCAUCACACUUCCACGUUCAUCAGAAAUCAGAGGUGCAUACGUCCUCAUCUGCUAGCACAGAUUCCACCUACGACAGUUAGAAUUAAAAGAAAAAAAUCUAUUUUAAAUAGGGAUUUUUUUUUACAAAAACACAUGGAUUUGCUACAGGCCUUUAUUCACCCCCUGGAGCUGAGUGAGGCACAUUUUAUUAUGGAUUCAUGUAUUUUAUUAGACUACUUUUAGACUGUUGAACAAGACACCCUCCUACUGCCAUUAUAACUCUGAAUGGAUUCGUCUAUAAGAAGAAAAUCAUAUAGGAUGCCUUAAGGAUGAGUAAAACAUGGACUAAUUUGCAUUUUUGGGUGAACUAACCCUAAUUUUUUUUCAAUAAUUUUUUUCUGAAAAUGAAUGCUGCAGUUUUUCAAAUUGGUAAAUAAGUGAAUUUGUUCUGGGGGGUUUGAAGACCUUCACAAGGCACAAUUAGAGAAUCAGAGAGUAAGAUGAAACACAUCCUGUAUCUAGGAAACUGCAGUUUUUCUUUCCGGACAGGUUUAUAAUGAAUAAUUUUGAAGGUCUAUAAAACUGGCAUAUUUUUUAACUAAUAGAAAAUAUGAAAAUAUUUAAAAUAUAACUGUUAAUGUUUCCAUGUGACAACUAUCCCCAGUCACGCUGGUGACUUGAUAGAUGUAAUAGUAUAUCAAUGAUUUGGCUAAAUAAUACAACUAAAACAUUGCAUAGCACCUUUUUUCUUCUUCAAAAGAAAGAAGGCAAGAAAGAAAAUGGUGGUGCGGAAAACCGCUUAUGGGAAAAGCUUGUAAGAAAUCCUAUUUCAUUGGCCCCAUGCUUUAAAUGCUUUCUUACAAUCAGGGACAGAUUAAUGCACAGGCCUACCGGGCACUAGACCAGAGGGGGGCCACAUAUUUUUUUAGCCAAGUGGAUUUUGAAUGUAGCUUCCAAAAGACAAAAAUGGCUUAAUUAUAUAUAUAUAUAAGCUGUCAAAUUCAUAUCAGCGUUCGCAUUUUGGCUGCCACUGAGCCAGCCGAGUUUUCAAAGUGCGGCGCAUUAUAAACAACCACAGAGCGGUCACUUACCAUACGUGCCCUUAUUCACAGUAAUGUCCUCUUUUUGGACCAAAAAAAGAAUCCAGAUCGGGAUUCCUAAAUCGCCCAGAAUGUCUGAGAUUUGGCUUUUGCUUUCUACGGUCGGCAUUCAUUGUGAGCGUUUGCUCUACAUAGGACUACUUUAUUUCUGACCAUUACCACCUGCUCAGAUAUUCUAAUAGUGAAUAUUUUUCUUGCAUCAAGGAGCCGCUACAAAUAUGCAGAGUUUUAGGGUAUCGCUUUGGAUGCAGGGUUGCCAAAUCUGCAUUUCUUGUGGGGAAUUGGGCAGAUUUUACACUCUUGCUCCAGGUUAAUUCUUUUCCCGUGGGUAAGAUUUGAAAUACUGUAUAAAUUACCCCUGCAGGCACACAACGUCAUAA